CCCUCUGGCUCUUUGCCUAUAUCUCUUUUUCCUUUUUGUAAAUUUUUUAUUGGGUUAAAGAAAUACACACUAUCUCAGUACAAGCUAAAUACAAAUUCUGCCUCUCUUUCCCACCAAGGAACACCUUUUGGACAGGGAAGCAAAUACAUCAGCCGUUCCUUCUCUUCUUUCUGCUUUAACUGUGCAGAGGGAUGGAAAGGAAAAAAGAAUCUUCUUAGCUGUAUCAUGUUCAUGGCACCUGUCUUGUAAUUCCGUGUACCAAAUGUUGUUUCCUGCCAAUUUAGUCGGAUAACCAUUGGAGUUUUCUUUUUUAACCACCCAUUUCCGUAAAAUUGACUCCUCUUCUUCAUCAAACGUCAAACUAUUAGAAUUUUAUACACACUAGUAGUUCAGUCAUAUCUGAAACCAGAAGAACCCGGCAGAGUUUCAGGCUUUCUGUUAGGAAUGUCUAGAACAAAUUUACAAGCUGUUCAAUACAAUAACAAAGAUGUUGUUUUCUCUAGUUCUGGAAUUAAGCUUCAAUGUAGUUCUGAAGAGAUUAAUAGUUUCAGAGACGGAUUUUUUGCAAGUGUAGGCCAAGCAGGAAUGGGGUUUGGGAUUUCAUCACCCGACCCUGUAAAUUCAUUAGAGAGUAGUACAAAACUUCCAAGUCCUAAUGUACACGCAAAAUAUGUUUCAAUGCCUCAACCGACUUUUAGCAUUGAUAGGAUUCCACACCUGGUGUUACGUGAGGUAUUGGAGGUUGGUGAGAAGGUUGUUAAAAGGAAAGGUGGGUUUAAACUGCGAAUUAAUAUUGGAAAUCCGUCGUUGAGGAAGCUGAUCAGUGGAGCAGUAGCCGGCGCUGUGUCUCGCACUGUUGUGGCUCCAUUGGAGACUGUAAGAACACAUUUGAUGGUUGGAAGUUGUGGGAAUUCUGCAGGUGAAGUGUUCGAUGCUAUCCUCAAGAUUGAUGGUUGGAAGGGCUUGUUUAGAGGCAAUUUGGUUAAUGUCAUCCGGGUUGCGCCAAACAAAGCUAUUGAGUUAUUUGCUUACGAUACGGUGAAGAAGCACUUGGCGCUUAAACCUGGGGAACAGCCAAAGCUUCCGAUUCCCGCUUCAUCAAUUGCAGGUGCUGUCGCUGGUGUCAGCUCUACCUUGUGCACGUAUCCUCUCGAGUUACUCAAAACCCGAGUAACAGUCCAGAGAGGAUUGUACAAGAAUCUUUUGGAUGCAUUCUUAAAAAUUGUGCGGGAAGAGGGACCUGCGGAGCUAUACAGAGGCCUCACCCCGAGUCUAAUAGGAGUAGUUCCAUAUGCUGCUACCAACUAUUUUGCUUAUGACACAUUACGAAAAGCUUACAGAAAGGCUUCUAAGAAGGAAGAAAUAGGAAAUAUUAUGACACUUCUCAUCGGAUCAGCGGCUGCUGCCAUCUCAAGCACUGCAACUUUCCCUCUAGAGGUGGCUCGGAAAUACAUGCAGGCUGGAGCUCUCAACGGAAGACAGUACCAGAACAUGCUUCAUGCUCUUGCAAGCAUCCUUGAGAAGGAAGGUCUCCCAGGUCUGUAUAAAGGUUUGGGGCCAAGCUGCAUGAAAUUGGUCCCUGCAGCUGGGAUUUCUUUCAUGUGCUACGAGGCAUGCAAGAGGAUAUUAAUUCAGAAAGAAGCUACAGAUUUGAAAGAGACUAACGCUUUAGUUUAUAAAUGAGAAGGAAUUGUUUUAUAAUUUCUUUGAGAGAGAACCAAGUUAUUGUAAUAGGAAAAUGGUUUAGCCAUAGUUCUAAGUUAAUGUAGCUUUUGGCGAUUCAGAUUAUACAUGGUCUGUUCGUAGUUAUAGUUAUAAAUAUGAAGUUGGUCAGUAGCAAGAACUCUUGGAAGAACGAAGCCUGAUAACAAACUUAGCAGGCAACAACGUGAAGCAGAAAGUUAUGCAGUGAACUCAUUUCGUGUUAUGUUCUAAUUUUCUGGUGUCUAUUAGCUAAACUGGGCGAAUGGUCCACUCUUUUACAUUCUCAAUGAAUGAUGAAACCAAGUUCCAACAAAACGCAUCAUAUGUAAAAGUUAUUGAGGCAAAGUUGUGAGAAUACAGCAAAUUGC